CUGAGGGCCACUUAUUUCUGCCCUUAUGUCCUUUUAAGAGUAACCGAGCUGUGGCAGUUCUGGCUACCAUUAGAAGCUCUACAACUGGUUUAAAGGAGAAAAACUAAUUUACCUUUCACUGAUAUAUUCUUCAACACACUCGUGAGGCAGAGUGCUGUAUGUGGUACGUUGAAAAUUUAAAGGAUGGCGUGUGCCAAGGUGCUGUCUUUUUUUGGGCAACUCAGCCGCAGGAAGCCCCUCGAGCCGGAGGGAGAAAAGUCCGACUUUCGCCGCUGCCUCGUCACGCUUGACCUGGUGGCGCUGGGGGUGGGCAGCACUCUUGGAGCCGGGGUGUACGUGCUGUCGGGGGAAGUGGCUCGCACGGUCGCCGGACCCAGUAUUAUCAUCUGCUUCUUCAUUGCCGCUGUCGCGUCCGUCUUCGCUGGACUGUGCUACGCUGAAUUCGGCUCCCGGGUGCCCAAGACAGGCUCUGCCUACCUCUACAGCUACGUGACUGUAGGGGAGGUGUGGGCCUUUGUCACGGGAUGGAACCUGCUUCUCUCCUAUGUCAUAGGUACAUCGAGCGUCGCUAGGGCGUGGAGCUCCACGUUUGAUGACCUUCUUGGAAAUGUCAUUGCAAAUUACUUCAGCAAACAUGCUGCCAUGGAUUUGCCUGGGCUUGCUCCCUAUCCAGACUUCUUCUCUGCGGGUCUCAUUGUACUUCUUGCAAGUCUGCUAGCAUUCGGUGUUAAGGAAUCUACAACUGUCAAUAAGAUCUUCACAGCUGUUAACAUAGUAGUGCUGGUCUUUGUUAUCAUCUCUGGCUUCAUCAAAGGCAACUUAGCCAACUGGGAUAUCAGUGAGGAAACCAUCCUAAAUGCUACUAUGGAAGCUAAAAACCUGUCCUCUACGGUGAAUCUGACGACUGAAUAUGGAGUUGGGGGAUUCUUCCCAUAUGGCUUUGAGGGGACAUUGGCAGGAGCUGCCACUUGUUUUUAUGCUUUUGUUGGGUUUGAUUGCAUUGCUACCACAGGUGAGGAAGUAAAGAACCCCCAGAAGUCCAUCCCAGUGGGGAUAGUCACCUCGCUGCUGAUCUGCUUCCUGGCUUACUUUGGAGUGUCAGCAGCCCUGACCCUGAUGCAGCCUUACUAUGAGCUCAGCGUUCACAGUCCCCUGCCUGUUGCCUUUACGUACAUCGGCUGGGGACCCGCAAAGUAUGCAGUAGCCGUGGGGUCUCUGUGUGCCCUCUCCACCAGCCUGCUGGGGUCCAUGUUCCCCAUGCCUCGGGUCCUGUUUGCUAUGGCAAGAGAUGGACUCCUGUUUAAAUCACUAAGCAAGGUCAGCUCCCGCCAGAGUCCUGUUGUAGCCACGCUUGCAUCUGGUGUUGUGGCAGCGAUCAUGGCCUUAUUGUUUGACCUAAAAGCACUAGUUGACAUGAUGUCAAUUGGAACUCUGUUUGCUUACACGCUUGUGGCAAUUUGUAUUCUCAUUCUUCGGUAUCAGCCAGAUCAAUCUAAAGACUCUAAGGAUACAGAUAAAUGGGAUUCAAGCUCCAAGUUUACAUUUUUAAAGCCACCACCAUUACCCACCGCAAAAACCUCCUUAAUUGUAUCAAGCUGUAUGGUCUUAAUUGUUGCCCUUGUCAUUUCUCUCAGUGUUAUAUUAACCAAAGCAAUCGACUCCUUGUUGAACAAAGAGAUUUGGAGUAUAGUGCUUGUUGCAUUAAUUAUACUAAUCCUGCUGCUUGCUGUUAUCCUUAUCUGGAUACAACCACAAAGUCCAACCAAGGCCGCAUUUAUGGUCCCAUUCUUACCAGUCCUUCCUGUGUUGAGCGUCUUCAUCAAUAUUUACCUUAUGGUGCAGCUGGGAGGUGAUACCUGGAUUCGCUACGCCAUCUGGAUGGCAGUAGGGCUACUCAUCUACUUUGGUUACGGGGUCCGUCACAGUGUACAGAAGCAGCGGCUGCUGAAAGCACAGGACCAGGCCGCUGUUCAGGUCCAUGCUCAGACAAAACUAUAGCCUGGGGAAGUGCUGCCGAAGAGGGGAAAGGAGCAAAGUACAGAUUCCCACUCUCUACUUCCUGGUAGCAGGUUAUAUAAUAACCCGUAUGCAUUUUUCUGGAAGUUUUUUGUAUUUGGCAUAUAUUAAUGAAUAUAUUUUAUUGUUAAAUGUUUUUGGAAUGUAAUACAUGUGAGGUGUACAUGUGAAAAAUGUUAAUCACUUUACACACCUCAAAUCUUGUAUUGGUUUAACAAAACAUCAUUUAAAGCAUACUUUAAAAAGGAUCGUACAAUUAUGCUUUAUGGAGACGUAGGUGUGAAAGAAUUUCCAUUUAUUUUUUAUUUCUUUUUUUACAUACUUGUCAUUAUAACUUAUUGCAAUAUGCAAUAAAACACGUACUAUACAGAAAAAACGUAUUCUGCAGUACAAUGCAUUGUUUCCAAUGAAUUCAGUUUUUGCUGGUAUCAAUGGACAAUGUGACAUCCCUGGUGGAAGACAUGUACUGAAGUACAUUUCAGGAAAGUGCACGUUUUCAAAAAAAAGUGUUUUUUUAAUGUACACAUUUUAUUUACACUACAGUGUGUACUAAAUACACUGUUUUGGAACAACUUAUUUGAAUGUAAGUAUAUUUAAGUUGUGCUUUAUUUAAAUAUGAAUUAAGUACAUUAAAUGCUAUUUUACUAUGCUAUUUUGGGACACUUGCAUUAAAAUACAAUUAAACAUGUACUUCAGAAUAAGUGUAGUUGUAGUACACUUUCGAAAUUCUGUUUUAAUGUGUUAAAGGUAUAUAUAUAUAUAUAUAUAUACACAAAUAUAUUUAACUACAACUUGUGUCUAUAUUAUAUUUAAAGGUCACUGAAAGACAUAUAAAAAUGCACUCAUGUAUCACUUAUGGAAGACUGAAAUAUAUGUUAUUGAUCUUACAAAGUGUAUUUCUAAGAAAUGUUUUCCAAACGUACUUUUGUAAGUGUUUUUCUAAUAGUACUUCAGUACACUAAAAGACAUAAAUGGUAUGUUGAUAUAUAAUCACGGUACACUUAAUGCUCAAUUCCAUGGUAUUUCGUUGUCGAAAUUAAGGAAAAAUGUAACUAAAUACACUGUUGCCUGAAGGCCACCUUUUCAACCUGUUUUUCUUCAAAUAAAACGCAUUACAAACGCA